CUGCUGCUAGUCGCUUUGGCUCCUGUUUGCCAGCACUCCACAAUAACAAUGAAGAUCCUGUUUCUGAUCCCAGUUUGCCUGAGCCUGAUUCUCAGCAGCUGUGCACAGAAGCCUGAACCCUGCAAGUCUCCACCUUUGCUUGAGGGGACACUGACUGCGUUCAUCCCUGGGCACCACUUACGUGUUUUUGAGAAAUUCUCCUAUGAUGCCUUCGGACAGAAUGUCAGAGUUCUUGCAGCUGGAAAGGAAGGCAACCAGACCUUCUUUGUUGACAGGCUUCUGCUCUUCAGAGAGGGAGUCAGCUAUGAGAUCCACUACCACAACCAAACUUGCAUUAAGACAGCAUUAAAGGAACCAUUCAGACAUAUUGGGGUUCCCCAUGAUGCCCAUUUCCUGAAUCAAAUGGUCUUGGGUAGCAGCUCUUUACCAGGACAAGGACUGCUGGUCAAUAACUGGAAUGGAACAGUGGAGGAAACACAAGGUAAUGUGCGCCGUUAUGCUGCAUGCUUCUUUGACCUAGUGGAGGGAAUCGAGGACCCCAACGUCUUCAUCCCUCCUUCAUUCUGUGAUUCUGUGGAAGUGCUGCCAGCCAAAGGAGUUGGGGCAAGAUCCUUCACCAGUCUUCUGUGAGAGGAACCACGUGGGUUUUUGUCAGUGCAUGUCCAGCUUACAUUGCAGCAUGGACACACCAUUUUUGAUUUAAAUAAAGACCAUUUGGGAUUUUUUUUAAACCUACACACAUUAAACAA